AUGCACUCGGGAGCGCGCUCGGCCACAUUGUGUGACCAGAUGACAUCCGGUGCAUGCUGGGGAGACACUUCCGGGGUUAUCAAGAUGGCAGCGUCCUGUACUGAAUCAACGACAACUCCUCUUAGAUCUCCCGUAGGGACUCCUGGAAAAGUCAGGGACCUAAUAAACGAGGGCAUAGUGAGUGAGGAGCGGAGCAGUGACUGGCGAAAGGAGAAUAGUAUUUUGUCAGAACAGAAUGAUGAUUUGGACGCUUCACACAAUCCAGACUCCUGUGAGGCUAGAAAUAAAGAAGCAUUCUUCACCAGGGUGGAGUCCUUCUCCUCCUUAAAGUGGGCUGGGAAGCCUUCAGAAUUGUCUCCUCUUGCCUGUGCCAAGUACGGAUGGACAAACAUAGAGUGUGACAUGCUUAAGUGCUCCAGCUGCAGUGCCUACAUCUGUGCUAGCUUGCAGCCAGCCUUGGACUUCACCAAGUAUAAGCAACGCUGCAUGGAGUUACAGGAAGCUCUGAGGAAUUCUCAUGAGAAGUUCUGCUUUUGGCCAGACAGCCCCUGUCCAGAGCAUUUCUGGGCCCUGCUGAUGUCUGAGCCAUCUUCCGUGCUCAGCGACUUUAUUGAACGCUUUAAAAACCUUUGUCACUUGGAGCUACAGCUGCCAUCCCUCAAACACGAAGACCUGAAAAGUAUGGAUGUCACAGAGGAAACUGUUAGUAUGCUGCUGUGGCUCAUAGAGGAUGAGUUACGACCUGUAGGAGGACGAGAGAAUAUUUCUAACAACUUGGCCAGUGACUCUCUGCAGGUUCACAUCUCCGCCUGCAUUCUGGCACUUUGUGGAUGGGACAGCAGCCCUUCUUCUGGCUCCUUUCCUCUGUCUAUCAUUAACUGUCCCCGAUGUAUGAGGAAGGUUGGUUUGUGGAGUUUCCAGCAGCUGGAGUCUGUAGACUUUGAUACUUCUCUGGGGCCUCCUAGCACUCCAGUUUCUCCAGCAGAUGGCCACAGUGAAAGAAUACCUUUGGGAGUUAUGUCCCCUAACAGAAGGGUCACUCGCAGCCGGGAUGUGGAACAGAGCCCUUCAUCAGCUAGCACACAGACACGCACUGGAGGCUCUGACUCAGAUGCUGUACGGAGUCGCCCAGUGACUCGCAGCAUGGGACAUGGGGAGAGCUCAGGAGCAGCAUCUGAGGUUCACUCAAGUCCUCAGCGCAAGGCUAAGCGUCCCCGACUCUGCUCCACCAGCAGCACGGAUUCUUCUCCUAAGUGCUGUUUUGAUCCACUGAAUCAGCACAGAAGUUGGUGUCCCUGGAUUACAGUGGAACAGGGCACUAAUCAAGGAGAAACAGUGAUGAAGGAAAAUAAAACAACUAAUCCGAUAGUGGAGGCUGGCUGGAAGGAGAUGCUGCGAGUGCUGCUAGCAGAGGAAAAAUCCAGGACGCUGGCUGAUUCCUCAAGUGUUCCAGAGAAAUCUUGCAAAGUCUUCCGAAUAUUUAGGCAGUGGCAGGCGAGUGCUUCAUCAUGACCAUCUUUGGGACGACCCUUUUGUACAUGCUUAUCCCUGUUUAAUGACCUCCUACUAGAUACUCUAUGGACAUCUAGUAAAUGUGAGUGUAUUGUGCAAACCCGAGCAGUGCUGGAAACUGUCAUUUAUAUUGUGUUGUAUCCUCACCGCUGUCAUACACUUUAUUCUCUGACAGUAACUCGUGUCACACAUGCUUCCUUACAAAAGACCUUACCAACAAUUAUUACAUUGUUUAGUUUCUUUAUUAUGCCAAUGAACAAGUCCUCUGUAAACAUUGAACAAUCUUUCACCUGCAUUCAUGACAAGGAUACAGUUCAUUAGAAAAGUUUUUAUAUGGAUAAUACUAUUUAAAAUGAAAUAAAUGGUGCGCUAGAUGGGCAAAAGGUUCUUACUCUUCUUGGGAUGUCUAUGAUUAUACUUUGGUGGAAGAACUGUUAUCAUGGUUUUCAUUCCUAAUUGAUGUUCAGCGGAAUUCAUUUCUUGCUUUAGAAAAUAUUCUGUAGAAUCCAGAAAUGUACUCUGGAACAGGUGGUGGCAUGGGGUGAUGAUAUGUAACAGGGUACUCUGGUACCCGUGGAGAUGUAACGGAAUCUCUAAUUGCAUAGGCAUUAUUGAGAUUUAAAAGUCUGUAUCGCCUCAACAAAUAUACUACCCAUAGCGCUCAUUCUACAACAGGGACAUAUAUUGACUAUAUGAAAAUGUCAAGAAAAGCUUCCAGAUUCAUUCCUAAGAACACCGGUGUUAAAAAUCCAGGUGUUGAGUUUUUAAAAAAUACCCCAUUCUUUCCCCAUGCUGACCCAUAGCAGUGUCUCCCCCUGGGUAAAAUGAGCAGUGCUCCUCACAGUAACUAUGGGAGGAGGCAUAUUAUUUAUGUGUCAGUCUUUCUGGUGCUCUCUCUGGAGAAUAAGGGCUCUGGAUAAACAAAUCACAUACAUGUAUAUGCAUUCCAACAAUAAAAUUUCAUCUUGGUCAUAUUGUUUUAUUACAGUACAUUUGUUUUACUUGAGCAUACAUGAUUAUAUCUGGCAAAUGUCUCAAUAAAAUACUUCUGCAUUUGAAA